CCCAAAUAUACUGAGUUUUGACCAUAGCUCACCUAGACCUUCGUCAGAGUCUUCUUGAAAUUGGAAGCUCCGUUUCGAUCAUUCAGAUCAUUUUGUUCGCUUGGCCGCUUGGCUCAAGAAUCAGCAUUUUCAUGAAACUAUAGGUAUGGCUGAGACCAUUGUCUUCUUGGGUGUUGCACGCAUCCAGGAUCAGGCCGUCCUGGCCACUUGCUAUGAAAAGAACGUUUUGAACGAGGAGAAAAAGGCAUAUGAAACAGCACUGGCCGCAGCCUUGGAUCGAGCGAAGACAGCUUAUCCAGGAUGGAGAGAAUCUCGUCCUUUGGACAGUGAUGACCGUGCCAGUUGUGAGAGUGGUAUCCUUUACACUUUUGCUGACCCCCAGGCUUUAUGUUUGCUUGCAGUUGGCAUCCGAGACGCUGACUACCCUGAGAGAGUAGCUGUUCAGCUCCUGCGAGAGCUUGCAGACAAGGCAAGGAACUCACAGGGCGACGAAGUGCUCCUGGAGGCCAAGAGUGGGUCCUUGUCCAAGCCUUUGCGGAAGUUGAUGACUGAUAUGAUGAGGACCUACAACGAUGCAGGGGCUCAUGACAAGACCACAGAGGUCCGAGAGAAGGUUGAUCAACUUAAAGGCAUCAUGCAGGACAAUGUAAAAAAGAUCCUCGAGACACACGUAACCCUGGAAUCUCUGGAGGAUUCAAGCUCCUCUAUGAGUUCACAAGCAAACAAGUUUUUGAAGCAAAGCGUGGACUUGCGGAGACAGAUCCAGUUUCGCAAUCUGAAGAUCAAAGCGCUGUUCGGUACCUGCGUUGCGGCCGUGAUCUUGUACAUUGCCAUGCCAUUCAUCAACUAGUGCGACCACUGAGUUCAUGCACUCUAGUGUGACUCAAUGCGCAGUAAGGAGCAAUCAGCAGGAACACAGAAGACCCUUUC